GCAGCUUCUCCCGACGCGCGCCCCGCCCUCCCCAGCUGUGCACCCUCGGUCCAGCUGCGCGCACGUCGGGAGUCCCAGACAUGUCCGCGGAGAGAGAGGUAGCCGAGGCGGCCACCGUGGUGGCGGCGGCCGAAGCAGGGGCCGGAGAAGACGCCUCUUCUCAGCCCCCGAAAGCUGAGGCAGCUGGCGACGCCCAGCCACCCGCGGCUUCCGAGGGGGCCGCCGCCGCGUCGCCGCCGCAGCUCCGCUGCCUGGUGCUCACGGGUUUCGGCGGCUACGACAAGGUGAAGCUGCAGAGCCGGCCGGCCGUGCCCCCGGCCCCCGGCCCCGGCCAGGUGACGCUGCGCGUCCGGGCUUGCGGGCUCAACUUUGCCGACCUUAUGGCCCGGCAGGGGCUGUACGACAGGCUGCCGCCGCUGCCCCUCACUCCCGGCAUGGAGGGCGCCGGCGUAGUGGUCGCAGUGGGUGAGGGAGUCAACGACCGCAAGGUGGGGGACCGGGUGAUGGUGUUGAUCCGGUCAGGCAUGUGGCAGGAGGAGGUGACUGUGCCCUCAGCCCAGACCUUCCAGAUGCCUGAGGCCAUGACCUUUGAGGAAGCCGCUGCCUUGCUGGUCAAUUACAUCACAGCCUACAUGGUCCUCUUUGACUUCGGCAACCUACGGCCUGGCCACAGCGUCUUGGUACACAUGGCUGCAGGGGGUGUGGGUAUGGCCGCCGUGCAGCUGUGUCGCACAGUGGAGAAUGUGACGGUGUUCGGAACGGCUUCGGCCAGCAAGCACGAGGUGCUGAAGGAGAACGGGGUCACACACCCCAUUGACUACCAUACGACUGACUAUGUGGAUGAGAUCAAGAAGGUCUCCCCCAAAGGAGUGGAUAUCGUCAUGGACCCUCUGGGUGGGUCAGAUACUGCCAAGGGCUACAACCUCCUCAAACCCAUGGGCAAAGUGGUCAUCUAUGGAAUGGCCAACCUGCUGACGGGCCCCAAGCGGAACCUGAUGGCCCUGGCGCGCACAUGGUGGAACCAGUUCAGUGUGACUGCGCUGCAGCUGCUGCCGACCAACCGCGCUGUGUGUGGCUUCCACUUGGGCUACCUGGAGGGUGAGGUGGAGCUAGUCAGUGGUGUGGUGGCCCGCCUCCUGGCUCUGUACAACCAGGGCCGCAUCAAACCCCACAUUGACUCCGUGUGGCCCUUUGAGAAGGUGGCGGAUGCCAUGAGGCAGAUGCAGGAGAAGAAGAAUGUGGGCAAAGUCCUCCUGGUGCCUGGACCAGAGAAGGAGAACUAGGGCCGGGCUGGCAGACCCUCGGGACCUGGGAAGAGAGAAGCUAGGGAGCCACGUUGUGUUGGUCACCAGACUCUCUUACAUUUCAUCCUCCUCAUAAUGCUCUGCCCACUCGCCCCCGAAGGUCUCCGUGGUGAUGACCUCUCCCCUGCCCUGUUCUUUCUCCUUAGGCAGGGCCCCCUCCCCCCUUCCUGCCCUCCAAAGAGGUUGGGAAGUGACCACUUGGAUGUCUGGGCCCUGCCAAGGGGACAGGGAGGGUCAGAGGGAGGCCGGCUGCUUCCUGCCCCCACCCUUUCCCUGGGCCUGCUGUGCUGCUUUUGUGCCAAGGUUAGCCAGUCCUUUUCCGUCCAGUUCUGUGUGCUUCCACCUCUGCCUCAUCUCCCCUCCUGCCCCUGCCCCACACUCCCCUCCCCAAAGAAUCAAAAUGUCAGCUCAGGAUAUGGGGCCAAUUUGUGUGAAUCCAGCAUGUCCCUGUCUCGCCCUCCUGUCCCUUCAGCCCAGGCCAACUGGCGCCCACCUCUGAACUCUGUUGCCUCGUUGCAUGGCCUUGUCCUCUGGUCCCCGUCUCCUUGAGCACAGCUGGGUUUCUUCCACCUCCAGGUUUUCUGCCACUCUUAACCAAGGUUGCCUCUUACAACAAGGGUGGGAAUCUGACCUGCUUCCCUAGGUCACGACUCUGUGGGAGGGACACAGAGCCCCCCCUCCUCCCCAUCCUUCACUGAGUUCUAGUGGAUUUGUUCUCAGUGCCUUAGCAACGGAAAACCUGUGCUUGCGUGUGUGGGUGGGUGGGGGGUCCCUGUCUCACACCUCCUCCUCCACCCCUGAACUCCCCAGUGCCUUCCUCGUUCUGGUGGAGGUGGGCUUUUGCUGUCCCACAACACUGCCAAAAAUCUGUGUGUGUGCCAGUGGGGGCAGGGGGCAGCCCCCAGCCUCCUGGGGUCUGUGCCGUGUCCCGUCUCUGGGGCUGUCAUUUCUCUCUGGGUGGUUGAGGAGAAAAAGGCAGGGUGGCGUUCUCAGCCUUGCAGAUAAGUGUGGCAUUUAUCAGCCAGAGCUCUGAGAGGCAAUGCCAUCUGUUUCUUGUUCUGGGACCAAAGUAAAAAUCGAAGCACAUUUCUUGUGUAGUCAAGGGAGGCCCACUGCCUUCUCAGAGCAGGAGGGCAGCUUUUCAAACUCAGCCCCAAACUUUGUUUACAUGGGUGGGGAGAUGGAACAGGGGAAUAAGGAGGGGGGUGGUUAGGACCUGGGCCACCGGAACCAAAGUGGGGACUUCCUAGCGCAGGGGUACAACUCCCUCUGCUCUCUGAUAUGGAAUUAGGGAGGGUUACUGCCCAGCUAUUGCCAAUGGGAGGUGGGGGGAGGGGCUCAGCCUCUUCAGUGUCUAAAUGAGGCCUAAAUGUGUGAAGGGCGAUUUCUGCUUUUGUGUACCCCACCCUGUUACUGUUACCGAAGCUGCCUUUGUGUUGUGUCAAUAAAAAGCCAAACCCUG